UCCCGGCGCUCGGAUCGCAAACUCCGAGCCAGCGUUCUCCGCGCGCGCCCGAGCCGCUGGCCGCCCGCGCAGCCCGACGCGGAACCGGGGCGCAGCGGGAGCCCGUUCAGGGCGGGCGCGGGGCGGCGGCCGUCCAUGCGGCGGGCUCGGGGCUGCCCGGCGCCGGGAACCACGCGGGGGCGAGGCGAGGCGGCCACCGGCCGCUCCGGGACGCGGACCGCCAGGGAGAGGAAAUCUGAAGUCCUGGGAAGACUUCGGAAAUCAAUGCUUGUGGAAGACUCUGGCUUUAUUAGAGAGGACCCCUGGGCACACCUUGAAAACUUGCUUCGUUUGUUUGUCUUUCCCUGAAAGGAGGAUUUGAACACCACUCUCAUCUGCAGAAAAUUGGCAACAUCUCCGAGGAGCCCUUGCUUUUCCUGGGACCCCCAGCAUCAUGGUUGUUCCCCGUUUCAUGGAGUCUUUCAGUGUCCUGGGUUCCCUCCUGCUGCUUGGAUUCCAGCUCGUCUGCCCACAGCCCUCCACUGAACACAGAAAGGUCCCGCAGCGGAUGGUGGCGGCGGCCGAAGGCGCGCAGGAGGACGGCGGCGGAGGCGCCCCGGGCGUCUGGGGCGCCUGGGGGCCCUGGUCCGCCUGCUCGCGCAGCUGCAGCGGCGGCGUGAUGGAGCAGACGCGGCCCUGCCUGCCCGGCUCAUACCGCGCGCGCACUGGCCCGCGGCCCGGAGCCCCCGCGCGCGCCUUCGCGGGCCACGUGGUGUCGGCCGUGCGCACGUCGGUGCCGCUGCACCGGAGCCGCGAGGAGCCGCGCGCGCCGGCCGGCCUCAACGCCAGCCGCCAGGGCCCAGUGCUGCGGGGCAGCCGGCACCCGCAGCCCCGCGGGCGGGAGCCCGCGGCGGAAAGAAGGAGCAGGACCCGAGGUCCCAUCGGCCCUGGCAAGUAUGGCUAUGGUAAGGCGCCGUACAUCUUACCACUGCAGACGGACUCUGCCCACUCACCGCAGAGGCUUCGGAGGCAGAGGCCCUCAUCUCGGCAUUCAAGGUCCCAGGGAGCAUCUGGUUCUAGCCCUGGCUACAGCCCGCCAGCCUACCGGGCCCCCCAGCAUGGGCCUCUGUACCAGAGUGACAGUGGCCCUCGUUCUGGACUGCAGGCCUCAGAGGCCUCCAUCUACCAGCUGCCUUUGACCCAUGAUCAAGGCUUCCCUGCAGCUUCAAGUCUCUUCCAUAGCCCAGAAACAGGCAGCAGCCAUGGCACCGGAGCCCACAGGGCAGCUCAGAGCUUCUCCCAGCCUGCCCGGUCUACGGCAAUCUCCUGCAUCGGGGCCUAUCGGCAGUACAAGCUGUGCAACACCAACGUGUGCCCAGAAAGCAGUAGAAGUAUCCGGGAGGUACAGUGUGCAUCCUACAACAACAAGCCGUUCAUGGGCCGGUUUUAUGAAUGGGAACCAUUUGCAGAAGUAAAGGGCAAUCGGAAGUGUGAAUUGAACUGCCAGGCAAUGGGCUACCGCUUCUACGUACGGCAAGCUGAGAAGGUCAUUGAUGGUACCCCCUGCGACCAGAACGGCACGGCCAUCUGCGUGUCUGGGCAGUGCAAGAUCCUCGUCAUGGCACACUGUUACGAUGAUGCUUACCUACAACUGACAUGGACUUGGGCUCUGCAGAUCAUUGAGGCCUACCUACUUCUUAAGAUGGAGUGAUGGAACCCAGAGA